GCACUCUCUUCAAUUUGAAUUCGGAGUAUGUGUGCGAGUGACAGAACAUCAUCGGAUUGCUUGAAAUAUUUGCCUCCUCUGCACUUAGUACUGAAUUUCAAAAUUUACCAGUCGCAUCAACAUUCCAUUCGCAGCAACCGUUUGUGCAACAGCACUUUCUUUCUAAUGUACAAGUCAUAAUAUUAAGUUUAAGUUUUUUCCAUGUCUACAACCCCGUUGAAUAUUUUGAAUAUAUAGAGUUUAAGUGAAUUCAGUAUUAUCAUUGGUAUUUUGUUUCGAGUAUUUUUUGUUGCUGUUGUAAAUAUCUAUUUUUAUUGGCAUUUGAACGAAUUGAUCUGCUGGAUUUGUUAUGUUGGAAUGAGCUAAAGUUGAACAUGACAAACACCGACUCAAGAGAUAAUUUCAAAGUGGUAAUCAAAUCGCGGCCACUUAUAAAACGCGAAAAAGAGGCACGUCAAACGAGUCAGUGGAAAAUCGUCGGUGACACAAUCGAAGGUUUGAAUCCAUUGUGUUCACAACGAUACACAUUUGAUCACAUCUAUGAUGAGAAUGCGUCGACACUGGAGUUGUACAACGCUGUUGCCCGCCCAAUCGUUGAAAAGUCAGUCAAAGGAUUUAAUGGCACAAUUUUCGCAUAUGGGCAAACAUCUUCUGGCAAGACUUACACUAUGCUCGGUGAUAAAAGGAAUGUUGGGGUCAUUCGAUUAGCUGCAAGACAGAUUUUCGACGAUAUCAUGUCCGCGACUGAACAAAUGGGUCGAACAUUCAUUGUUAAGGUUAACUAUCUCGAAAUAUACAAUGAAAAGGUGUACGAUCUGUUGAAUGACCGAAAAGAAAUCAAAAUUCAAGAACUUCCGAAUGGAGAAUUGAAAUUUGGAUGUACUGGUCAAAAGGUAAAAUGUGAUGAUGACCUUUUGAAGCUGGUUGAAGCUGGUAACAAUCAUCGCAAAGUUGCUGAGACAAAUAUGAAUGUUCAAUCCAGUCGAUCACAUGCAAUAUUGCAAAUCGGCAUUGAAUCAGUUUUGGAUUGCGAAGGCGCAUCACAGGUAUCAGUAUUGAAUUUGGUUGAUUUGGCUGGAUCUGAGAGAGCUGAUUCAACUGGCGCCACUGGUGAACGUCUCAAGGAAGCUGGUAAUAUCAACAAAAGUUUGUUGACACUCAGCAUUGUCAUCAAUAAGCUGAGCGAAGAUCCGGACGGCCACAUUGGCUACCGUGAUUCAAAACUAACUCGCAUACUACAACCUUCACUUGGUGGAAAUGCUAUGACAGUCAUGAUCUGUGCCAUAACACCAGCUGCAGUCGAAGAAACGAAUCUCACUCUUGGGUUUGCCACACGAGCCAAGAAAAUUGAGAAUAAACCAGUUAUAAAUGAAACGGUCAGCGAUGCUGUCGAAGUAAAACGCGCUAAGAAGCUUAUUGUAAAGCUCGAAGCACAACUGGCGGCUCAAUCGCAAGAGAUUGCCAACUACCGUAAAAAAGAAGAAGAACUAACCGUUAUCAAAGAGCUGAUAAUCCAAGGACCUAAGAAGGUACCGAUGAACCGACGCAGGACUUGGGCCCCUAACUCUAAUACAUCGCAGUUGCGAAGCAUCAAUGAAGAAAUGGAAGCGGCAGAAAAUGAGAAAAAAUCGAUGUGCCAAUUGAUGUUUAGUGAUAAGGGUCGUCGAGUCGAGUGCACGGAGGAGGAGUGGGGUUCAAUUUUGAAUGACACUGUAGGCAAACAGAUGAUCGAUUUCGAUGAAAAUGAAUGUGAAUCAGCACCAUCUGCACUUAAAUUCCACCAUCAGAGACUACUGAAGUCAGAGGACAUCGAACAGGACACAAACACAACAGUCAAAACACCAAAUCAUCCACAGGCUCGACGAUCACUACUCAAAACACCAAAAUCAGUCAAACAUAUAUACCGAAAUAAUGACGCACCAACAUCUUCACAAGUUGCCAGUCCGAUUGCGCUGGAUAAAGAUAAUCGAAUUCGAAUGCUUGAACAGGAACUAGAAGAACUGCGACAUUUUCAGCAAACAGAAUCAAUGGUUCGUUCAUCCCAUGACGAUUCAAUGCAAGCUGAACUCGAAGAAAAAUCCAAAGAGAUCGCACAAUUAAAAAAACAAUUGGAUGAAACUCACCGAAAAGUGAGCGAUUUCGAAAGUCAAUUAGAAUCGGCGCAACGCGAGGUUAAAGAUGCCAGAAAAGAGCGGGGGUUGGCCCUUGAAGCCAAAGUGCUAGCUGAGCAGAUUAUGACGAGCAUCGAAUUCGAGUACGAACAAUAUAAAGCUCGUGCCAGUCGUCGAGAAAACGAAUUGGUCGAACAACUGGAAAGUGUUGGCAAUGAUGAGGCAAUGAAAGUGCUCAAAGGGAAACUGGCUAAUAUGACAGAAAAAUCAAACUCAUUGGAGACUCAGUUGUGGCAAGACGCUCAGAAGCAUAGCGCUGAGGUCGAAAAACUAAAUACAAAGAUCACUGAAGAGCAAGCAAAGCACGAUCGUGUCAAAAAACUAGAUGAAAAAUUGAAAAAUCUUCAAAACGAAUAUGAUGAUGUAUCCGUUCAAUUGGUGGACAACAUUCAAGAAAAUGAUCAGCUCAAGAACCAGUGCAACGACAUGAAAAGGACCAUUGAAAAACUGAAUGAGAAAAUCGGUGAGCUCAACAAGGAAAAUGACGAUUUGAAAGUUCAACUGUCAGCAGUUAGUAUUAAUGUUGAAUGGGAAGCUGAUCUCCAGAAGAAAAACCAGGCACACCAAUCACAAAUGCAGCAGAUAGAAGAGAAGCAUCAUAAAGAAAUGGCAGCUCUGAAAGAACAGCAAGCAUCUCAAUCGGUUAAUAUCCAAAAAUUUGAACAAACCAUUGCGGAACAAACAAAUGAAAUCAAGAAAUUGGAGGAAGAUCACCGUGUGCAAGUGGAGACUUUGACACAAAAACAAUCGGCGCUGAUUCAAGAGCUCGAACAAGACAUUUCUGAUCAGAAAGAUGAAAUUUUCAAUAUCAAAACGGAGCAUGAUGAUUUAUUGGCUUAUUGUAACAAUCUUGAGCACACGAAUACACUUCUUGAGAAUGCUUGUACACAUGCUCGAAUGACUGUUGACAUAUUUAUGAAGGAAACAGAAUUGUUACGCAAAGGAUACAACGAUUUGAAAAUGAGCACGGCCGUACAGGAGCUAGAGCACUUGAAACUGCAGCGAACCAUCAGUGAAUACGAUGAAACUAUCAAUUUCAGCGUAUUCAAUGAAACAACGUCCAAUUCUACGGCGAACCACACACAGUCGAUUUGCAACAACACUCAAUCGAUGUCUAACAAUACUCAACACAUCACAAACUCAACUUAUAGUGAGAAGGAAGACAGCUCUGCAUCAAACAAUCUAACUGUUCAGCUCCAAAAGUCGAACGAAGAACGUGACAGGUUGGAUUUGGUUUUAAAACGUAUCACAAAUGUUAUGCAAGACGAAUUGUCAUCUGCUUUCGUGCCAGAGUCAUCUGAAGAUCAAAUUCUGGAUACAUUGACCACCAAUCUAAAUGAAUUGAAGGAGCUCAAGGAGAAGUGCAAUCAGUUGGAAUGUGAUAAGAAAAACAAUGAAAAGCUAAUUUCGACGCUAAGAGGUGAAUCUCAAAUGUUGUCCGAACGGCUAUCGCUCUUACAAUCUGAGGAAAAACAAUCAAAAGAUCAGCUUGAAAACGAAAAGUCGAACAAUGUGCAAUUAACUCAACUCAUCGAAGAAUUAAAUCAGAAAUUGGCGGAACAUGAAAAACGCGAAAAGCUUUUGAACGAACAAACAGAAGAGUGGAACGAAAUCAAAUCGAAACAACGGAAUGAAAUCACUCGUUUACAGCAGAUGGUUGCCGCCAACGCUAGUUCAGGCACUGAACUAACAUUGAAAAUGAACAAAGAAAUCGAAGAGGUGAACGGGAAAUUGCGUGAGGCGCUAGCUCAAUGUGACACAAUCAAGGCACAAAGUGAAUCAACAAAGGUAUUGUUGACCGCUAAAGAGCAAGAGCUCAAACAGAAUGAGUUGAAGUUUGAAGAAAAGUUGAAGGAAGUUUCGAGUCUAGAAAAUGUGAUUCAAUCGACCAAAACUGAACUAGAAACAUUGCAUCAACAACUUAGCCAAAUGAAGAAAACACAAGAGCAAAGUGACAGUCAUAUGAAAUUAAUCGAGGAAACCAUCAUCGCCAAAGACACUGAGAUUCAAGAUCUACGAAAUAAAAUCACAUCACUCAAAGCAAAUUUGGAUGAAUACGCACAAAAUCAAACAAAACUAGAAGAAACGACUCAACAGCUCAUGCAAAAAGAGAAUCAGCUGGAAAGUGCUAAUGUGGAAAUUGCCGAACUCAAGGUAAACUACGAGAAUUUGCAAAAGCAGACUCAAGAUAAUCUUGUCGAAAAUCAACGGAAAAUUGGCGAAGUUGAACAAAUUAUUGCUAAUCACGAGCGAUCUAAAGACGUUCAACUCGAGAAAAUUCGGCAAGAAUUCAGCGAAUUACUCACAGAGAAGGAGGCACAACUGAAGAGCUCAUCUGAUGAAAUCGCACAACUAAAAGAAACUGUUAGUCAUAGUGAGAUUGUAAAAAAGGGUCACAUGGAAAUUUACGCCGAGAAGGAACGGAUAAUCAGUGAGCUAAAGAAAACACUUGAAUCGAAGAUUGAAAUGCACGAAAAUUUGGACAAGAAACACAAAGAAGAGGUCAACCAAAUUCAACGUAAAUUUGAGGAUAAACUCGCACAGAAAGAGCAAGAAUCGAAGAUUGCAUCGAAUAAAAUCGUUGAACUCGAAAACCAUAUUGCCAAUCAUUUGGUUAGUCAACAGCGUCUAGAUUCAAUUCAGCGGGAUUUAACCGAUAAAUUGGAAGAAAAAGAAGCAAAACUGAAGGAAAGUAUAGAGACUUUGAUGAAGAAUGAUGACAAAAUCACUAAACUCCAAGUAAUCAUCGAUAAAUAUGAGAUGGCAAUGAAGGAAAGUAAACAAAACUUGGCCAAAAAUGAACAAGAAAAGACCAAGCUCAAGGAAACCAUUGCCGAUUAUGAGCGCUCUAACAAGCGAAAUCAAGAGGAACGCAUCCAAAUGCAGUGUGCGCUUAAAGAUCAGCUAGCACAAAAAGAAAAGGAGCUGAAGAAAGCAUCAGAUGAAAUUGCUGAGCUCAAGGACAUUGUUGGCAAUUACGAACGCAUGAAGAAGGACAACCAAGGAAAAUUCGGUGAGCUUCAGCAUAAAAUUACCGUUUUGGAAGAAGAGCAAGAAUGUCUGGAAAAACUCAACAAGAAACUUCAAUCCCAAAUCGAAAGUCAAACAGAGGAAUUGAACGAUGUUCAAAGACAGCUCACCACCAUGAAGCAGUCGAAGGAAAAAAUAGAAUUCGAAAAGCAAAAAUUGGUUGAGGAAAUGAAUGCAAUUCAAAAUAAAAGACAUGGAAGCCAUUCAUCAGAUGCAUGGCAAUUGCAGAGCCCAAGACGUCGUGAUAAUCGAGAUGUGGAUAUCGAAAGUCUGCUAAAUGAAAACCGAACAUUGAAAUCGAUGCAAACAGUGCUUGAAAAUGAGGUGCAGGAGCUCAGAAAAUCCACAAGUACGGUUCGAAAAAUCAAACGUCAGAGCAUCCAUGACGACACUCGUCGCAUGUCUGGUUUUGACUCAACCAUGAUCGAUCUUGGAACACAAACCGAUCCAGUUGAUGAGAAAUGUUCCUGCAGCGAUAUGGCAAAACAAAUCAUCAAACUGAGACAAGAGAUAGUUAUUAUCGAGGCAAAAUACGCAACGUUCCGUUUAAGUACCGGUGUCGAUGAUCUGCAAGCCGAAGUCAAGACAUUGAAGACCGAACUAUCGACAACUAAAUCGAAACUAAGCCGACUUAAUAUCGACUACGAAAAUCUCUUGGAUAAGCACGAAAAACUGAAGCUGAAAAGUGUCAUUGCCCUACAAAAAACAGCAUCAUCGGAUGUCGCUGUUCAGACGGACGUUCCAAAGUCUGGUGCAACAUUUGUGGACCAAAUGGAUUGGGAUAAAGUCAACAGAAGAGCCGCGAAGUACAAAAAAGGUUACGAGGACUUAGUGAAUGUCCACAAUCAAUUGAAGGCUAAAUUUGAGCAAUUGAAACGUGAAUGCGAAGAAAAAUCAACGAAAAGUGUAGAGGCAGCGGCUCUGUUGGAUGAAAUACAGCCAAAAUAUGUUCACAUGAAACGUCUUUGCACUACUCGUUGGGAUCAAAUCCAAGAGUUCCAGCGAAAAAUGGCCAAUUUUGAAAAGAAUGAAGCGGAAUUGAAGUCGGAGACAGACGCCCUGAAAAAGCAACUCAAAGAAGUUUCCGAAGAAGUGGUUCGCUUUAAGCGUAAAUACGAAAAUGCCAAGGGCAUUUGCGAUAAGAGAAGAAUCGAAAUCGAAAGACUGACGAAACAAAUAAGCGAUGGUACUCAAAAUAAUGAAAACGUUCCGGUCAACCAAUAAUUAGCAUCCUGUCCAGCUGCACUUGCAAAUCUUUCUAUUAGUUUUUUUUUAUGAACACAACUAUGUAAUUUUAUGAUGAUAUGAAAAUACUAUUUUUUUUUAUUUAAGUGCACUUGAAUUAAAUUAGAUUUGUAGCAAUAAGACAAAAACAAUGAAAUAAAAAAAAUCGUUCCAAUAUAAAUCAAAGAGAUUGAAAUAAA